AUGUUCAAGAUUUUUGCGUUCGUUGCGUGUUCCUUAGUGGUGGCUUCGGCUUACGAGGAUUAUCACAGUUAUCCUAAGUACAAGUCCGAAUAUGGAGUUAAGGAUUCCCAUACCCAUGAUCACAAGAGUCAAUGGGAGCAUCGUGAUGGGGACUAUGUGAAGGGACAAUACACUCUGGACGAGACUGAUGGAACACAUCGAAUUGUCGACUAUAUCUCAGAUCAUAAGGGUGGAUUCCAACCUCAUGUUCAGCGCAAGGGACAUGCUCACCAUCCCCAUCAAGGAGAAAGUUAUGAUAACAUUCAUCAGUACUAUUAA